GGCUUAGCUCCUCACUUCCGCAAACUAUUUACGUUAAUUCCGCCAAUUUCAACGCCGCGCCGCCGGAGAUCACCUGAAAAACAACUCGACGCUCGAAGUUCUUUGUUCUUAUUAAUCGCUGAUUUCAAACUUAAACAUGAUGGCCGAUAAGAUGAGUAUGUCUCUGGACGAUAUUAUUAAGAUGAAUAAGAGAGAAAGCCGCGGAGGUGAAGGAGGAUCGUCCAGGCGAGGUAGUAGUUCAGGUCGGACCGGUGGAUCGUCGAGGCCGCCGGUGAGGAGUCGACAGAACAACUUCAACCGGGAGAGAAACAACAGACCCACGCCGUACACCAGGCCCAGAGAGUUGCCAGACAAAUGGCAGCAUGACAUGUUUGAGGAGCACGCUGGUGUACAAAGAAGACAAACUGCAGGAGAAGACAGAAGUGUGGAAAAUGGCGGCAAGCUGCUGGUUUCUAACCUGGACUUUGGCGUGUCUGAUUCAGAUAUCAAGGAUCUGUUUGCAGAGUUUGGAGCCUUAAAGACAGCAUCUGUGCAUUAUGACCGUUCAGGACGUAGUAAAGGAACUGCAGAUGUCCACUUUAUAAAUAAGGCGGAUGCCCUCAAAGCCAUGAAGCACUAUGAUGGUGUUCCACUUGAUGGUCGCCCCAUGAAAAUCCAGCAAGUGGCUCCAGAAGUCGAUACACAGAGUUCAAACAGAGGGUUUGACCGGAGCAGGCUUGGUCAGCCCAGGUUUGAAAGGAGGCAAGGUGGCAGCAGUGGAGGUUUCAGAGGUCGAGGGAGGGGAGGUGGAAACAGACCCCAGCUAUCUGCAGAGGAGCUGGACGCUCAGUUGGAUGCUUACAACGCACAGAGUCAGAUGGACACCAGUUAAGAGCACCCCAGGAAUGCUUGUCCCUCACAUUUUUUUAUCCUAAUUGAAUAUCCUUGAUGGAUCAGACUUAAUUCUUUUGAAGUCAUUUUUUAUAUGGACUAUUAUAUUGUUUUGUUUUUUUUCUUCAGUAUUUUUUAUAGCUGUUAUAUUUUGAGAAUCAUGUAUAAGAACAAGUAAUUGAACCAAACUUGGAAUGUAAUUGGAUUUUUUUGUUUUGUUUUUCUUUUUUUGUUUUUUAAUAAUGAAUAAGUGAAUCUGUAAUGAACUUUACUGUAAUGGUCAUGUGAAUAAUUUCUGUCACUUGAUACUUGACAUAUGGACUUACUCAGAGGUUUGUACAUAAUAUACAUAAUUAAAUGGCUUUCCUGA